AUGUGGUGUAACCACGCUUGUGCGAAGAAUCUGCGGGCCGAGCGCGCGCGGCUUGGUUCUCACGAAUGCGAACGAGCCUACGUCGUCAAGACUGAGGCCAUCCCUAUCGUCUUCGCCGAGGCUUCACGAGCAAAGCAUGCCCUCGUCCUGCACGAUGGUGCCAGAUGUCGUCUUGUCAGGGCUGCCUGCGAUGUGCCAACGUUUCCUCAAGACACCCAGGGACUGCGAGGUAUAUAA